ACAAGAAUAUAAGAGAGAGAUGAGUGUCCUCUGCAACUUCUCUCUCUCUCCUCCUCCACAAACAAUACUCACUUCUUCAUCUCCUUCACUUUCAUCACUCAACAACUACAAUCAUACUUCUCUAAAAUGGCCUCAAAAAACCCUAAUCGGUGCCCUAACCGGAGUUCUCUCCGUCGGCCUCCUCAUCUCUUCCCCUUCCUCUCCGGUCCUGGCACAAACCUCCACCCUAGACCAGUCUCCUUCAUCCGAGCUUUGUACUGAUGAUAAAACACAAGAGAUUCCUGACACAGCUCCAGAUAUAGUUUCUAAUGAAGAGAUUGUGAAGGAAGCUUGGCAGAUUGUAAAUGAUAGCUUUAUCGAUUCCGGCCGCAAUCGAUGGUCCCCUGAAACUUGGCUUAAAAAGAAAGAAGAUAUUUUGUCAACUUCUAUCAAGACAAGAUCAAAAGCUCAUGAUAUUAUUACCCGGAUGUUGGCUAGCCUUGGUGAUCCUUAUACAAGAUAUCUUUCACCACCCGAGUUCUCGAAGAUGGGGAGGUAUGACAUGACUGGGAUUGGAAUCAAUCUUAGGGAGGUGCCUGGUGAGAAUGGAGAUGUCAAGCUUAAGGUGUUGGGGCUUAUUUUAGAUGGUCCUGCACAUUCUGCUGGUGUUAGACAGGGAGACGAAGUUUUAGCUGUUAAUGGGAUGGACGUCAGGGGCAAAUCUUCUUUUGAAGUAUCGUCUUUAAUACAAGGCCCUAAUGAAACAUUAGUGAACAUUAAAGUGAAACAUGGAAACUGUGGCCCGGUUCAGUCUAUUGAAAUCCAAAGGCAGUCAAUUGCAAGGUCCCCAGUUCUUUAUCGGCUAGAGAAGAUAGACAAUGGUGCUACUUCUGUGGGAUAUAUUCGCUUGAAAGAAUUUAAUGCAUUGGCUAAGAAAGAUUUGCUUACAGCAAUGAAGCGGCUACAAAGUUCGGGUGCCUCGUCUUUUGUACUUGACCUUAGAGAUAACCGUGGUGGAUUGGUGCAGGCUGGAGUUGAAAUUGCUAAGCUGUUUCUUAAUGAAGGAGAGACUGUGAUUUCCACUGUUGGAAGAGAUUCUCUUGACGAAAGAAGUAUUAUCACAGAUACUAGACCUUUAACCACAGCUCCCACCAUUGUUUUGGUAAAUCAAAAUACUGCUAGUGCAAGCGAAAUAGUUGCUAGUGCACUUCAUGAUAACUGUAAAGCUGUUCUUGUUGGAGAAACAACAUUUGGCAAGGGUCUGAUUCAAUCUGUGUAUGAACUUCGGGAUGGAUCCGGUGUAGUGGUCACAGUUGGGAAAUAUGUCACGCCAAAUCACAAAGAUAUAAACGGAAAUGGGAUAGAGCCUGAUUUCCAGAGUAUGCCUGCUUGGAGUGAGGUCUCAAAACGCCUUUCAGAAUGCUCUAGGUCGCGGGAAGGUUAAUUAUGGGUCUUUUCCGCCUUCGACAUCUUUUACUUGGCGAUCUUUGGAUGCUGUGAAGCCUUUUAAGCAUAUCCCUAUUUAUAGUUGUGCCUUGAUUGCCUGAUGAUCAAAAUCAUAAUAGUUUUUUUCCCUUAUUUCAGCCUUAAAACAUUCUAUGUCUUGUGGAAAUUGUAUUUGAAAGGCAUAUAAAAUAUGGAAGAACUUCAUAGUUAAAUAUAUUAGGGCCCAAUUGCUAUCAAGGGUGGUGGUGCAAUUUGUAAUUUCAGGAAUCUAGACAUAAAAACUGUUUGUAGUGAAAAAUCAACAUUUUAUCUCAA